AUGCUGCUUCGCCGGCGCCUUCUCGGCCUCCUCCUCCUCGCAGCCUCGGCUCCAGCCCUCACUCGGGCCCUCUCGCGCGGCCGCACGCCGCUCAUCGCUCGGCUGCUCCGCAAUCGCGGCGGCUCAGUGCCGGCGCAGCCUCCACCGCCGCAGACCGCAAGGCCGCAGCCGGGCCAGCCAAAGCCGCCAAAGCCGCCAAAGCCGCCUCGUCCGCCGCAGCCCGGGAGCAACUCUCACGAGCCGCAGCAGCCACCGCCACGCACGGCCGAGGUCGAGGCGCUGCGCAAAGCGGCACCCGGCCUCACCACGGCGCCCUCCGCCUCCGCCGGUGGCAGCGCCAGCAGCACGCCAGCCUCCGCCUCCGCCGCCACCCCGGCGCCGCAGACGCGCUCCUCGCCGGGGUCGAUCCAGCCCGGACCAGGCGUCGACUUUGCCGCGCUCGAGGCCGCGAGCGGCGUCCGCCUCUCGUGGCACCUCUGGCCACACGCGGCGGGAGCGGACGCGCUCGGAGCGCCGCUCGGCCUCCUCUUCUCUCCGAUGAGGGCGAUCGACGGGCUGCAGACCGUGAGGCGAGAGCCGGUCACGUGCGGCUCCUGCGGCGGGGUGCUCAACCCGUUCUCGCAGAUGGACCCGCACGCGCGCCGCUGGCGGUGCCCGCUCUGCGGAUCGUGGUCGCCCUUCGAUGGCCAUCUGCUCACGGCGACGGCGCCGCCGCUCGAGGUCUCGCACGAGCACGCGACGGUCGAGUAUGAGAUCGGCCCUCCGCGCGACGACACGCCCGCGCCGCUCCUCGUCGCCUUCGACCUCUCCGUGCGCGCGGAGGAGCGAGGCCACCUGCUGCGGACAGCGCAGGCGUGGCUAGACCAGCUGCCGGCCGAGACGCCGAUCGGCGUGAUCACUUUCGCAGAGGCGGUCGAGCUGCACGAGCUUGGCUGCUCGCCGCACCGCAUCUGGCACCUGCCUCAUUCAGAGGCGGAGCUGCCUCUCGACUCCUUCCGCGCGCUGCUCCGCCUCCCUCCAGAGCCGGCCGAAGAGGCAGAGCCGCCGCCGCCGCAGCAGCUGCCGCCCGGGUCCGGCCAACCGCAGGGGCACGCUUCCCUGUAUGGCCACGGCGCUCCUCCGCAGGGAUACGGGCAGGGCUACGGGCAGGGCUACGGGCAGGGCCACGCCGGCCCCGCGCAGGGCUACGGCGGAUAUGGCGGGCCUCCGCAAGGGGGCACCGCAAGGGUACGGAGGGGCACCGCAAGGGCGGCAUGGGAGGCGGCGUGGGAGGCGGCGCCGCUCCGCAGGGCUGGCCGGGAGGUUGGCUUGUACGAGAUGAAGUCGCUGCUUGGGAGGACGGGGGGCGCGGCGCUGCAGGGCGAGUCCUUCCAAGACUCGCACCUUCUCGACUCGCUGCGGCGGCUGUACGCGCGGGCGCCCGACGGCUCCGUCGGGAUGGGGUUUGGAGCGCAGUUCGAGCUCACCGCCGGCCGCGACUGCGAGGCGAUCGAGCACAUCGGCGGCGGCGGCGGCGCUGCCGGCGAGCCGGAGGGGCUGUCCGUUCGCGAGUGCGGCGGCGCUCGCUCCUUCGCGUGGGAGGGCGGCAGCCUUGCUCCGCACACGUGCGUCUAA